AUGAGUAUAAUAUCGCGGACGAGUGGUUGGCCAGGGCUACAAGCAACAACUGCUUCAUCAUCCCUGUGCGGGGUUAAGAGAUUAUUUGAGCACGCUCAGGGAACAAGCUCAGAUAGUAUCAAACUCAAGUGCACAUUCUUCUCAUGUCACACAAGACCAAUACAUACUUCGGAUGCACACAUCCACGACCCUGUCAUUACCCAUUUCACAAUCGAAAAAAAAAAAUGGUAUUUCUUCACUUCAUACCCUCCACCGAGACGAGGGCCGCGAAUAUCUUUUCCCCCAUUUUGCUCACUUCAAUGGGAUGCAGACAAAAUCGAAAAACUGCGUGCACAGCUAACAUUACUUGCGAGCAUCGCAUGGUUGCAUUAUAUAGAAUGCAAUCAAUACCAGGAGGCCUUAGUAGGCAUACUACAGAAGGGCCUCGUUGCCGACUUUGUCACAAUUUUACAAUGGUGGUUGCCUCUGGCAAGCAUUCGAGGAAGUUACUCCCCGUCCUUCGACGUCCAGCAGUGGAUAGGCCUGCACUACUCCCCCUACCAAACCCACUACCUCCGUCAUCCCACCUAUCACAACUAUUACCCCUGUCAUUACUUCCGCAGCCCCUACUGCCCCCAAGGCAGGAGACAUACUCACCAGAAGGAGAGAAGCUCAUUGGAACUUAACACAGCUUGGGAUAAAGAUUAA